AGCUGGCUUAGUCGAGCCUUUAACGUACUGUCAGGUGGAGGUGAAGUUUUAACGCGGGUGCCCAUCCAAAAGUCUGAUCUUUUUUUGCUCCGGGUUCAUUUCUUUCUCCUCUUGCCUCUGUUGUCUUUCGCGGAUGAGACUCUUGGUAGUGACUUGACCCAGGCAGUGAGGUCGCGACUGAAGUGAUACGGGAGCGGAACUAAUUAAACCCGGACGACGAAUACGGGUUCUUACGAGGUUUCUCGUAUCUCUUGUGAUCGGGUAGGUUCUGACAGUGCGGAACGAAUCGUAAACCAACUUUGCUGCUACAGAUUCUCAUUUUUGGCUAACUGAGUGUACUGCAUUCGUGAGUGUGUGGGUGCGAGUUGUGUUUGGGGCGGAUUUUCCAAGUGUACUGGCAGCUGAAUGGAAAAUCGUUUGAAGGUUAAACUUAUUGUAUCUGACAGCUUAUGCUAAUCGAGAUAGUGUUAAUCGGUGACAAUGUGCAGCUUUGAGUGCUAAUCAAAACAGAUACACGUUUGUCCGAAAGGAAAUUGCUUCAUUUUUUUGGUGUUAAGGGAGUGACGUGUGUUUUUCAAUCGUGUGUCCAUUGGAAGAAAGUUGUUUGCUUUGAUGGAGGAAGCUGACGAAUAGACGAAAGCUCUGCUUCGGAAGAGAAGCGAAUCGAUUUCUCGCUCCCCAGCUGAAGACACGCGAACAAAUUCCUCUGGAUGAAACUGACCACAUCAUAGUCUGGUGCUUGCUUGCGGGACGUCUUCGUCAGCAUCAUUUCUUUGGUGCCGUUUCUCCCCAGUUUUUGUUUUCUACCUUCUUCUUUUCGACGAAAUCCCCCAUCGGGCAUCUCUCGCAGCUUUGUGUUAGUGUUUGCCGCAGUGUGGAAAAUUAGUGAGAAAUCGGGUUCGUCGCUGUUUCGUCUCCAAGACAAAUUCCUCAUCCCGGCACCCAGCUUGGAGUCAACGACGGACUGGAAGAACAGCUCUUUCUGUUGAUCGUCUCCGUGCAUCUCUCAGCUCAUCGAGUAUCAGCAUACGAGGAAUGCCAACGCGACUUGUCCGGGACACCAUUCGACAAACCCCGGGCACGAUUACCCUGAUGCUGACCUCCUUAUUCCAGUGGAAUACUUAGGGGAAAAAUAUCUCGCUCCAACUAUUGUGCAACUUCAACGAACCAGUUCCAAUCGGAUUAGCAGAAGGAGCAGAAAAAAAAAACGAAAAAAACACCAACAUAACCCCGGGACCAAAACCGGUCAUCGUGAUCCGAGAAUCCGAGUGGGUGGCAACAUUCUUAUUGGAGUGCUUUCGAACAAACUCGCAAAGAAGCGGAAAAAAGAGUUGGAGGAAAUUGAAAUUGCCAAAACAGCUUCGUCAUCGAGAUCUGUGUGCCCCUCUCCCCGGAUUUGAUUCCGCAAUUUUUUUUUUCUUUCUGUGUUUUGUGUAAUUCUUCCUCUACCGUACGCGGGAAGCUACACCCAAGAUUGGCAGAAGUGUAGAGUUCGUCUUAUUCGGUUGCUUACUUUUUCUUCUGUUACUGCUUUAAAUAUCACUCGAGUAGAACGAAUCGUCAACGACGAACCCCACUUGGAGUGUGUGUUGGUGUUUCAAUCGAAGACGGAUACUGAAGACUUCAACGGAAGCCAGCCGCUCUUGAAGAUUCACACCCGGUUGACGUAUUUUAAUAAUAAACCCGCACGAAUGUUAUGGAAUUGCGCACGAUGACCACCCCGAAGCAACAACGCGAGGACAGGCGCUACUCGAUGCCCCACGGGAUCCACGGAACGUUACCACCGGGCGCAACCGAUGAUCUGCACGCGUGGUCCAUCUACAGACAAAACCUCAACUCAGACUUCACCGAUUCGGCGCUAGGUUCGUCGGACAAAUCGCCUCAGCCGUACAGCCCGCAGCAUCGCAAUGUCUACCGCGGGGAUGAUCCGGCCAUCUCCAGCCAUCCCCGAUACGGUGGGUCCAAAUCGAACCCACUUAACUCGAACAUGUACACCUACCUCAAGUUUGGUCUACCGCGGGUGUUCCCACCGAACGGAGGGCGAGGCAGGAACUCUUCGAAGGCAAACGGACGUGGUCGGGUGAAUCGCGGCUAUCGAGACAGUACCGGUCCAGGUCCAGGAUCAUCCGGGUACGAUAGCAGCGAUAACGAGACCAACCGCGGAAGAGUGCCAGCUAAUUUAAGAAAAUACCGUAGCGAAUCUGAUUUCCGUGCAAUCGGUGCCACCGCAUCCAGACCUAGUUCCAGGGCUCAGGGCAUCCCUUUGGCAGCGCUCAAACAGGCCAACAGCCGCGCUAGUAUAGCCGGAACACACGUGUACAAUCCGUACGCCACCAACUUGCGGCAUCACAAUCUGCGAUCCCAGAGUGAAGCAGACCUGCUAGCAGAAUGGGACUAUGACGAUGCUCCGGUCUAUGGGGAAACACGAUUAUAUCCGGAAGAGAUUUACAACACCCAGAGCCGGAGGCACUCGAUAGCGGGGCUAGUGUACCCGAACAUCCAGGUGCACUGUUUGGAUGUGGUGCCGGGACUGCGAGGCGUUUCCUUGCAGGCCAAAGCCGGGGACUUGUUCGCGAUUAUGGCAACGUCACAACCGCAAGGAACAGCACUAGUUGAGGCACUUGCCGGUGUUCAGAAACGAGUGAACGGCGAAAUUCUUGUCAACGGGCAGCAGGUCAACCGGCGGAUCUUGCGGCAGCUCUGUGGAUACGUUCCCGCACUGGACCGAGCACCUUUGGACCCUCGCAUGAGUGUCCAAAGCACACUGUCCUACCAUGCGGCACUUCGAGGCCCGUACGAUCGCAGUGACCUGAAAGAACGCAUCGAUAUUCUAGUUGAAGAUCUGGGCCUUACCGCUGUUCGGUCGGCCAACGUGUCUCGUCUUACUCAUUCGGAAAAGCAAAGACUGAAUGUGGCCUGCCAACUGUUAACUCAAUCCUCGAUUCUGUUGCUGGAUCAGACGACGGUUAACAUGGACAUCUUCGAUACGUUCUUCCUGGUUGAAUACUUGCGGCAAUGGUGCAGUGCCGGUCGGAUGGUUAUCAUGACCUUGCAGCCGCCUACGUUUGAGAUUCUAUCGAUGUGCUCCGGAGUGUUGCUACUGUCCGGAGGUCGAACGGUGUACUCUGGUAGCCGAGCUUACCUUCCCCGCCACAUGGGACAACUUGGCUAUCCCUGUCCGCCGUUUAAGAAUCCAGCUGACUACUACUUGGACCUGGUAACACUGGAUGACCUGUCGGCGGCAGCGCUGCUAGAAUCGUCUGCUCGCAUAGAAUCACUUGCAAACUCGUGGGAACACGUUAAUUCAGAGCCACCUUUGGCUGCUCCCGUAGCCAACCUGCCGGAACCGACCAAAAGCGCCGGCUUCUUCGGCCAAAUCAGCGUUCUUUCGAAAAGAUAUAUGUCUUACAAACAACCGGGAUCGCUACUCAACUGGAUUAGUAGACUCAUUCUGGCUGCGGUGCUUUCUCUUUUCGUGGGCUGCAUAUUCUGGGAUGUCCCAUCGUCCGAUCCCAAUCUGAACCUAAACGAUCGACUAGGGUUCCUACACUGCGUCAUGAUGGUUGCUUUGUGGCCCCUGUUAAUCCUGCAGAUCCGGGACGUUCAAGAGGAUCGACAGUAUGCGGAGAAGGACCUUCGCCUAGGUCUGUACGGUAGAUUUCUUUACAUCAUAAUCGAAUCGACGCUGAGCGUCCUGCAAAGCUUGUGCAUCUGGCUGGCCUACCUUCUGCCAGCCCACAGCAUGGCUGGCCUUUAUUCGUCCUCUAGUACCAACGACACCGGUAUCUACAUGUACAUGGGAUACAAACUACUCUACCUAAUGGCCAUACAGACGAUCGUGCUAUUCGUCGCCCACCUGGUGCCCUGUGGCAUUACCGCAUCAAUUCUGACCACCGUGGCAUUGCUGUUCCUGUCCUCGGUCGGUGGCUACGCAGUUCAUGCCCGAAACGUGCCGGACUACCUGCGCUGGGGUGAGCUACUGUCCCCGGAGAAGUGGAUCCUGCCGCUGCUCACCGAACAGGAGUACAGUCCGGAAACGCUGCUGGCGCUCUCCAGCCAACAGAUGUGCCGCAACAAGCAAGUCCAGCAUCAAGAGAUUAUCGUGCAGCAGCAGUGCCCGCAGCCGAACGGAACGGCCGUCCUGGUCGAUCACCAGCUGCUGGCCCGGGACCACGUGCUAGAUCCGGCCGAUAUGUACUCGGCCACAAUGCUCGGUCUGCUGCUGACCUGCAUCGUGUUCUUCGGCCUCACCAUGAUCGUAUUCCUCAGCAACUGCCAGCGGAUGUGCCGGAGACGGAACGAUCGACGCCACAAGCACUAUUGAGCGAUGGACUUCCGACUUCCGGUUUCGGCUCCGAAAUACAUAGCGAUAGUUUUAUCUAGGCGAAAAGUGUAGUAGUAUCUUUUAGUUGAUUAUUUUAUUUAAUUGAAAUUGCUAGAUUAUUGUGGCGGAUGUGCAUUAUGUUAGAAGAAAGCGCGGAAACAAGUGAGAAUGAUUUUUUUAUUAAUGUGUUUUAAAUAGUGCGAUUGUGUACAUUUGGUUUAUAUUUCACUUUCCUUUUCCCUUCGGUUGAUUACUUUUGGAACGGAAAUCUAUUCUACUGAUGCUACAAAAUAAAAUCGUUCAGAAAAGUUUAUUGAUACAUGCGUUGCAUACACAAGUAUUGUUUUGAAGGAAAUUAAUAAAAGUGAGCUUGCUAUUGCAACCUGGCAUUUAGAAGAAAUAACAAAGUUCUUAGUGCUCACUUGACGAAUAAAG